ACAAACAAUUGAUCACAUUUGUUGAGCAAGACUUCAUGCACUGAGCGAGCAACGCUGUUGACGGAUGCUGAGAGAAGAACUGCGAUUGGUCCGUCGCGGUGGGUGUUUCCGCAUUCUGCAACGAGCUGUCUGCAGAAGCGCGAGUUGGAGAGGGGACUGUCGCGUCUGUGAAGGAGUCUCCUCAGUCGUUCCCAGAGGAAUAGCGGUCCACCGCCAGGAAGCAGGGAUGCCCUACAUGUUCAUCAGUACGCAGAUCCGAUUGGAGAAUGGUCCAACAAAUGUGGGAGAUGAAUAUUCUGAUGCAACUGUGAUGAAUUACCUGGGAGCAAGGAAAACAACCAUGCUGGGAAACAAUUUUUCCGAGUACCAUGUGGACGACCCGCCUCGCGUGGUGUUGGACAAGCUGGAGCAGAUUGGCUUCCGCGUGCUGACAAUGACGGGGGUGGGACAGACGCUGGUGUGGUGCCUCCACAAGGAGACAGAGUGAUGGUUCAUGGAGCGAGUGUAUCAAAAUGCCUCCAGAAGCCUUUAAAAGGAUCAAUGGAUUGUACUAAAGUACUUU